AUGUCCAAAUCAGAGACGUUGGAGAUCUCCGAUGUCAACGAAGCAGCCGCAGCACCUGUCAAGCCGACAUUAUGGCAACGCUUCAAGGCGCACAUGAAAAGAUUCUGGUGGGCAUAUAUAAUUGGGUUCUGUUGCGCAGUGCUAUGCAAGUUCUGUGCUAAUGCUGAUCUAUGCAGUUUCUAUGUCGGGAUUCCCAACUUCGCCAAUGAUUAUAUCAACAAAUACGAGUAUGACUAUGACGGUCUCCGAAUCACAAAUCCUCGGCCCACUGCCUUUCAUUCUGAGUAUGGGGGGGGAUUUAGCGGAAGCGGUCAUUUGACUGCAUUCAAUGCCACUAUUCGCACUAAAGAUCCCAAUGAGGUCUUUGCGGUGUUCCCGGUACCAGAGAUUCAAUUUAGUAACGGGGCCAGCUUGGAUAUUGAUCAGGAUUUGCAUCUUUCUUGUGUGGAGUGCUUGUCAUCGCUGGCUACUUCAGCUGCAUCGAGCAAGAACUCGUCUUUGCUGAUUACUGGUACACCAGAUCUCAAAUUUGGUGGCCUCCCAACUGCUCAUUUGAAUAUUGAUAAGACCAUGAAUGUGGCUGAAUUUAUCAACACUGAUGGCGCUUUCAAUGUCACCAGAGUGGAUAUUCUCGAUGAACCAGUGGACGGAUUCAAUUUCAAUGCCACCAUCACGGUACGGAAUCCGAGUCCCUACAUCGUAGAACUGGGACAUGUGACAUUCAAUCUGUCUAUGGGCGGCUCAGACUUGGGCUACGUUGAUCUUCCCUAUCUAUUCUUGGACAAGAAUGGCACGACUACGGAAGUGCUUGGCUCAAUAGAUACGUCGAUGUUGAUUCACGAGGCCGUAUUGGGUGAUGAUGACUUUGGAAUGGUGACGAUUGAUGUCAAGGGAAACAGCUGCGACUUUAAUGGACAGGAUAUUCCCUACUUUGCGGCAGCAAUUAAGGCGGUCUCUGCGUCUGCCAGGCUUGAUCUGCUGAAAUAUGCAUCGAGUCUGUUCUCUGAAUCAUAA